CGGGGAAGACCCAGGAUACGCUGGAGAGACUACGUUUCUCGGCUGGCCUAGGAACGCCUUGAGGUCCCCCCAGAGGAGCUGGAGGGAGUGGCCGGGGAGAGGGAAGUCUACACAUUUGCUUAGAUUGCUGCCCCUGUGAACCGGUCCCGGAUGACUGGAAUAAGAUGGAUGGAUGGACUGCUUAUUAGCACAUGUCUGCGACCUACAAUUGGAUCAGGCAUGGUGCAAAAUCUUAGUGUGGUGCAAAUCUCACCAAUCUUGAUCCAGCUUUUUCCCUUUUACAGCUCUCUUCAGAUAUAUAAAAGACCUCAUGUCAUAUAAUUCACAAACAGAAAUGAGUAGUUUCUCCUCUAUGAUCAGUCUUCAAACUAUUGACACUAAAUUAGAAAGUAUGCCAUCCAUAUGUCACUACUAAAUCCAAGUCCCUGAUUGGUCAAAGUUCAAUCUGGUUAAACUAUGCAUUUAAUAGCAAUAUGUUGUACAAAAAACAUGAGCAUUUUUUUUAACAUUGAAGCCUGAAAUACACGUUUACAUGUUUUUGUUUUUGUUUGUUUUGUUUGUUUUUGGAAGUAGUCGCUUGAAAAUGUGUUGCUGACGUCAGUGUGAACUCAGUUUGAAGUCCAGCUCUCUGUAGCUGUUACAACCGUGGAACAAGCAUAAAGAUGUUACAUCUUCUUUUACAUUGUACCCAAUUAUUGGUUUAUCUAAAUCAUAAAGAUUAAUUUUAGACAGAAAUGGAAACAAUGACACAAAUAUUGAUGCACAUAAAGUAUAUCACUCAAUUUGUGUCUUUUCUUUUAUCUACUUUCCAUUUCACACUUCAAAGCUUCUCCAGGUCUUCAGAGUGAAUCUUAAGGUUUUGAAGCUUCUUAAAUAGACGUCUCUGUGGUGUAGUGGUUGGCGCUGUUGGUUCACAGGAAAAAAGGUCCCGGCUGAAGUCUUUUUGGCGUGGAUUUUGCACGUUUGGGUGUUUAUCUGUUAAUACUCCAGGGAAACCCUCCUUGUACUGACAGAUGGAUACUAAGGCCUCAGCAUCAUUAUUUGACCUCUGAACCUAGAGAAUGCAGCUGAUGGAUGGACUUUCGUUGACAGUAACUGAUAUAAGUAAAGAUAUAAACUUUUCAAGGCCUUCCUAAAAGAGGGUUUUAGCCAGCUCUGUAAGAGCACAUAAUGAAAUGUUUGUCACUACAGGAGGAAUUAUGACUUAAAAGAUUUUUCCGAACUCCCCCUGCAAGCCUGUUUUGUUUAAUAAAUAAAUGUUGCACAAUCGCGCUGCCCCAGUUAAAGACCAGUUAAAAGAGAUCACUGAAAGCUUAACACUGCCUUGACUUUUAUCUCCGUGGCAAAUGUGUGUAAACAUCAGGCCACGGGCGUUCAGCGGGGCUGGAUUGUGCAAAGCGCUCAUCUGAACCCAACGCUGGUGUCAGUGGAGGUCAGGAAGACUUUGUGGGUUAAAGAAAAGACAGAUGAAGACAAGGGGAGAGGCCCAGAGAGCUGCCAGGCUGAAGGAACGGGCACAGUUUGAAGAGCGAAUGAGAGCAAAAGUAACAGAUGGACUUGGGAGGAUUAGAGGGAAAAUCUGGGCGAGUUUCUGAUGGAAAACCCGACCAAGACUAAAGAAAGGGUGAUGAGAGACGGCAGAGAAGAUGAAGAGCAGAAAAUUCACGCUACAGAAGACUGACCGGACUCCACUGACGGUAACGGUUCAGACGAAGGCAGAAUGAGACAAUCUCAGGACAAUCUACUUCACCCCAGAUUAACGCACAUUACCGAAUCCUGAGGGAGACCUGAGAUUUCUGGAUUUACGGUUUCUUCGUAAACUCAAUCCCUCCCCAGGAUGAGAGGGGACAGGUUGAAGAACAGGAUUCACCGUGAGGUUGGGACUGAUUAGUGGCGAAAUCCACAGGAUAAGAAUUAAGCCUUCAUCAUCGUCAUCAUCCUCCCUGGGGGAGGCGGUGAAAAUAUAUGAAAAGUGAGAGGAGGUGGUAGCGUGGCGCCGGGAUCUCGUCUCGGCUGGCGUGUGUCGUAACACACGAAGAAACAAAGGUUUUGCAUCCAAAUCUGCUGACCUGCCUGACUCGUGGGUGUAAUCCCGGUUUUCUGUGACUGACACUACAGCGCGGUUCGGGCCGAGGUUCCUCGUGCAGCCUUUGGCCCGCACAUCUGUCUCCACUUUCUCCCCCUGCUAACAGUGAUUAAAUCCCAGCACUUCAUCUUUUUUUCCACGCACUGCAGAUUCUCCGCCCUCCUACAAUCUCCCCACUCAUCAUCUUCGCCUCUGACCUUUGUUCCACUUGUCCAACAUCCUUAAUCUCUUCAGUUUUUUCUCUCUUUUUCACAAUCCCCCAUGAAUCAAUCACAGCAACUGCUGAGCUCAGUUCUCCUGUAGUGUCAGAGAAAAGUCCUCGUUCUUGUGUUCCUCCUCUACGUUGGACCCAGUCAGGUGGAAAUUUUGUUUUUUGGAGGCUAAAGCUAAUUCUUUUCACCCAAUUGAUUCCCAUUUACAAUGAUUUUGUUGUGGAAUUGAGGGACAACAAAGUUAGCAUCUUCUAUUCUCAUGCUUUUACACGGUAAUAUCAAACUUGAACUACACAUCUAACAUCCACCCACCUUCAUAACCCGCCAAAUCCCUUUCGGGGUCACAGUUUUGGGUGAAGCUGAACAGGUCACUAGUGUGUUUCAGGGGUCAAACACUUCCCGUCAUCUUGCAGUGUUGACACGCCUACGUUGGACACUAUUUAUCAAGAAAACUGAAGUAUUUUUCCAUCAGAAACGCAACAAUGCUGGAGAAAAUGUCCAGACGCAACCGCUCCCUCCUGUCCCUGGGCCUCACGUCUUUGGCCCUCACGCUGUCCGUGUCGGCUUUCUGCACCUCCUACUGGUGUGAAGGGACGCAUAAGGUGGUGAAGCCGGUCUGCCUGUCGCCUGUGAAGAUGAAAAACUGUGGGAGGAACAACAGCCAACCGUACACCACAGUGGCCCCCACUCCAGACCCCAAGAGCCCCGUGUCCAACGUGACCCUGUCCCCUCUGCAGAAGGAGGAACUGGCCCUGAUAAGGAAAAAGAAACUAGCCAACGCUGUCCAGUACAUCUGGGAGACGGGGGAAGACAAGUUCAUGCUCAGAUACUUCCACACUGGUUUCUGGCUCUCUUGUGAGAAACACAAUGAAGGUGAUGAUCAGGAGGAAAAGUGUCGCAGUUUCAU